CUGGGAAGUGGAUAAGCCUGGGCUCAGGGUUUUUAGGGUUCAAGUCACUCAGUCACACUGUUCCAUCUCUAUCCACUAUCUUCGCCAUCCACAGAUUCUUUAAUUUGAAGAGAAGCAGCCAUGGCAAGUCUGAUAAUCUCCACACCAUUCCCAGGCUCUCUCACUCAAUCCAAGAAAACGAGUAAACUCUCUGUUCAGAGAGCCUUUAAGGUAACCUCUAUGCAGACACCGUUGGAAGAGCUGUACAACGUCAAAGUGGAAAGGAAAGUGUCACAGAGACGGUUAGAAGAGCUCGGUGUUUCGAGAUGGUCGGUUUGGAAGACGGGGAAAUGUAAAUUGCCAUGGGACUGGCAGGUGGAUCAGCUGGUUUACAUAGAAGAAGGAGAGGUUCGUGUUGUGCCCGAAGGAAGCAAGAGGUAUAUGCAGUUUUUGGCUGGAGAUCUUGUUAGGUACCCGAAAUGGUUAGAGGCUGAUCUUUUCUUUAACGCUCCUUACCGUGAACGGUAUUGUUUCAAGGCUUAUGGUGAUGAUUGAUUUAAAUGUAGAGUUUGAGUUUAGAGCCAAUAAAGUUUAAACUUGUGUGUGUGUGUGUGUUUUGUUAUGGCCUGACAGAUCUUUGUGACAAUAUAAGAAGACGGUUAUCUUUUUCUUCUUCAAAAAUUGUGUGUGUGUUGUUGUUAUAACCUGAUGGAUCUUUUUGUGAU